AGCCGCGACGGGCUCGAGCGCCGGCGAGCGCUCGCGCAGACGCCCAUCCCCGGCCUAUAAGAACCGCCCCCCGGCUCCUCCUCUCCCGUCUCAGAGCCCAGCCGCGGGAUGACGUGGCGUACCUCAACACCACCUCCGCGGCUCCGCCUCACUGAGCCCCACGGGUCUCCGACCAACCCCCAAAUAGAAGCUUCCAAACCCUAGCGCAGGAGGAGGAGAAGCGUGGCGGAGCUUCGGGGAUGGCAAAGGCGAGGAAGCAAAAGGGUGAUGGUGGCGGUGCAGGUGGAGGCGCCACCGUGCUCCACCAGAAGCUCUGCGUCUCCAUCGACGUGGAGAACCAGCUGAUCUACGGGUUCGGUAAUAACUGCACAAUCUGGACGUGGAACAUAAUAGGAGCUCAUUUGGUACACCGAGAUAAAAGUUCUUCUAGCCGAUAACGACACAUUUGCUCUACAUGCUGAUAAUAUGACAAUCAGGAGUAUUCUUGUGGAUGGUGAAACUGCUGAGUUUGACUAUUCCCCUCAUUGGAAAAAUGAAGGUGAUCAACCAAAUUGGUCUUUAAUAUCAUGUUUGAAGACUGCUGCUGAUGCAGCAUGCUCAACAUAUACUUCGGCUUUAAAUCGAGAAGCUGUACCAAAUCUUAUUGUAUCAUAUGAGAGAUCAGUUAAGUCGAUAACUGAGCAACAGUUAGAAGAAAACAGUGAAAAGCAUGAAGAAAAUAGUGGAAGGCUUGAAGAACAUGGUUUGAAGCCUGAUCAAAUUGUUAAUGGCUGCAAUGGUUCUGCAAUGGAAGAGCAAAAGGAAAAGGAAAACGGAAAUGGGAAGGGCAAGGAAAACGGAAUUGAAACUGAAACUGAAAAGGUGAAGAACAUAAAGCUGGUUCACAUAGAUUAUAUUUUGGAGAAGGCUGAAACUGGCAUCCACUUCGUCGGCAAUGUUCUGUAUAGCAGCAGUCAGAUAAGACGGGCACAUUGUUGGUUUCCUUGCAUUGAUAGCACUACACAACGCUGUCCAUUUGACCUAGAGUUUACAGUUAGCAUGGAUUUAAUUGCUGUCAGCAAUGGUGACUUACUUUACCAGGUCUUAAGCAAGGAAGAUCCUACAAAAAAAACUUAUGUGUAUAAGUUGAACACUCCAGUUAGUGCACAUUGGAUAUCCUUGGUUGUUGGGCCACUUGAAGUUCUUCCUGACAGCAAUGACAUAAGUGUCUCACACAUAUGUUUAUCCCCUGCUUUGUCAAAGCUUCGGAAUACAAUCACAUUUUUCCACGAUGCAUACAGCUGUUAUGAAGACUAUCUUGCUACACCAUUUCCCUUAGGUUUGUACAAGCAGAUUUUUCUCCCUCCUGAAAUGACAGUGUUACCAACAAGCUUAGGAGCCUCCACAUGCAUAUUCAGUUCAGAUAUCUUGCAUGAUGAGAAGGUUAUAGAUCAGAUAAUUGGCACAAGAAUCAAACUAGCUUAUGCCCUUGCAAAGCAAUGGUUUGGAAUAUACACAAGUGCAGAGGAGCCCAAUGACGAAUGGCUAUUGGAUGGUUUGGCUGGUUUUCUUACUGAGAUAUUUAUCAAGCUUUUCCUUGGGAAUAAUGAGGCACGGUAUAGGCGCUUCAAGGCUAACAUCACCGUUUGUGAGUCUGAUGUUAGUGGUGCAACUGCUUUGAGCUCUCCUGCUGCUUCAAGUGAUCUAUAUGGAACUCAAACAAUUGGUUCAUAUGGGAAAGUUCGUUCAUUGAAGGCAGUAGCUGUUCUUCAAAUGUUGGAGAAGCAGAUGGGGCCAGACUCCUUUCGGAAGAUUUUGCAGUUGAUAGUGACCCCAAAUCGUGCCUCGAGAACACUUAGUACGAAAGAGUUCAGACAUCUUGCAAAUAAGGUUGGUAACCUCGAACGCCCAUUCCUAAAGGAAUUCUUUCCACGGUGGGUCGAGUCUUGUGGAUGUCCGGUUAUGAGAUUGGGUAUCUCAUAUAGCAAAAAACGGAAUAUGAUUGAAUUAGCCGUUUCAAGGGGUUGCACCGCAAAAGCUACACCUGAUUCUGAUAGUCAUACCAAUGGUGACACUCGAGAAGGUGAUGCUGGAUGGCCAGGAAUGAUGAGUGUACGGGUUCAUGAAACUGAUGGGGCAUACGAUCAUCCAGUUCUCCCAAUGGCUGGUGAAGCUUUGCAGGUGGUUGAAAUACAGUGCCAUUCCAAACUAGCAGCUAAGCGUGUUUGGAAAUCGAAAAAAAGCACCAAAUUUGAUGGUUCUGACGACAACAUAGAUGUCUCUACUCAAGAGAACCGCACAAGCAUCGAUUCGCCUUUACAAUGGAUUAGAGUAGACCCAGAAAUGGAAUAUCUUGCUGCGAUCCAUUUUCACCAGCCCGUUCAGAUGUGGAUCAAUCAAUUGGAGAAAGACAAAGAUGUUAUAUCACAAUCACAGGCAAUAUCUGUCCUGGAGAAAUUACCUCAGCUUUCUUCUGCUGUGAUUAAUGCCCUCAAUAAUUUCCUAAAUGACACAAAGGCCUUCUGGAGAGUUAGAGUUGAAGCGGCAUAUGCAUUAGCAGUUACAGCAUCUGAGGCAACUGAUUUAGCUGGGUUGCUUCAUCUGGUUAAGUUUUAUAAAAGCCGCCGCUUUGAUGCAGAUAUUGGAAUGCCCAGGCCGAACGACUUCCAUGAUAUCCCAGAGUACUUUGUUCUUGAGGCGAUCCCCCAUGCGGUAGCUCUUGUUAGAUCAUCAGACAAGAAUAGCCCAAGGGGUGCCAUUGAGUUUAUUCUUCAGCUCCUGAAGUACAAUGAUAACAACGGAAAUAUUUACUCUGAUGUGUACUGGCUAUCUGCAAUGGUACAGGCAAUAGGCGAACUGGAAUUAGGCCAACAGGGCAUGGGCUUCCUAUCCUCUCUACUCAAGCGAAUUGAUCGUCUCUUGCAAUUUGACAACUUUAUGCCUGGUUACAAUGGGGUCUUGACUGUCAGCUGCAUUCGUACCCUUGCACGAAUAGCAAGGAGGGUGUCAUCUUCCAUAUGCCUUGAUCGCAUUUCUGAACUAAUUUCCCCCUUUCGCAACAUGGACAAACCAUGGAAAGUUCGAAUUGAAGCUAGCAAGGUUCUUAUUGAUCUUGAAUUGCACCAUAAAGGCCUUGAUGCAGCUCUUUUAUUGUUCUUGAAAUAUGUGGAUGAAGAAAAGUCUUUGCGAGGAGCGACGAAGUUGGCUGUUCAUGUCUUGCGUUUAUGUCAAGCAAGUACUGUUCCCCACUUUAAUGAUCAAAUAAGUUUGACAACUCUAAUUGGUCUUCUUCACCUGCUUGCUGGUGCAAAAGCAUACAAUAAUGUAUUUCUUCGUCAUCAUGUGUUCUGCAUAUUGCAAGUUGCUGCUGGAAGGUCUCCAACGUUAUUUGGUGUUCCAAAGGUUGUCGAACCCCCUCUGGUGGUCCAGGACAUAUGUAGUGAUCACCACACUAAAGCUGAUUCCUCGAUUCCUCAACCAUCGAGGCCUCAAGAACCUUCCACUAGCACUCCUAGUGUGCGUGAGGUCUUACCUACCUCUGGACCCACUAAAGAUGCUGAUAAUAUAUCUAACUGCAGUGAAAGAAGGAAUGUCGUCAAAAUUAGGGUGAAGCUUACUGCAUCUUCCAGUAAAGCGUCGGAUGCUGACCACAGAGUCCAUUCUCAUGGUGGAAGAAAUGAAAAUGAAGCGGGUCCAUGUAGUUCUAUGUCAGUGGAUGCCCCAAUGGUUGAAGCAGCAACUGAACCAUUAAAUGUAAGCAAUCAUAACAUUGAGGAACAGAACUCAUGUCAUGACCGUGAGUCAAGGAUGUCAGCAAGCAUUGGCAAUGCUAAACUAAUUGACAGGCAUGAGAUUUCCAAGGAACUACAGUGUACUGCUGAUUCAAGGCUGGAUGUCCUUCCCAAGGAUCAGUUCUCUCCUGCCGUUAAUCCUUUGGGAGUUGUAGACAAGCCUGGUAGUCAGCUUGAAGUAGUCUCCACCAGCUACGAUGGAAACCAAGCUCCAGAGUCUGUGAAUGGAGUGGAAACAAAAGAGAAGAAGAAAAAAGACAAGAAAGAUAAAAAGCGGAAACGUGAUGAAAAACGAGAUAAGAAAGAUGAUCCAGAGUAUCUGGAGAAAAAGCGGCUUAAGAAAGAGAAGAAAAAAAUGGAGAAAGAGUCGGCCAGGAAGCAGCUGGAAGGUGAAGGAAAGGCUACUCCUGAACAGCAGAAAAUAGUGAAACCUUCAGGGUUGCAGGAAGUUUUGCCAGCAAGGCCGCCAACAGCUCCGGUGCGAAGUGCUGAACCAGCUCCAUCACAAAGUGCUGAACCAGCAGUAGUGCGAAGCUCUGAACCCCAAAUAUCAAGCAAGGAAGCAACCGUAGAUACUGCACGAACAGCAGCCAAACCAAGGAUAAAGAUCAAAGUCAAGCCCUUGAUAAGAAAACCAGAAGAAAGUUGAACUAACUGUAGAAUUGUGACCAGGCGGGCACCAUUUGUAAGGAUUACUGUACAGCAAGGCAAAUGUGGGUAUGUUGUAGGUUGUACCAUGAGAAGCCAGUUUUUCAUUAAUGGCUGAUGUAUCCUGUAAGAAAGAAUACUGCUGCUGCCCUAGUAAUUUCUGGGGUAAUUGAAAUCGAGUUCUAGGGUUGUCCAUGAGUAGCCAUUGCUUCUUUCUUUUGUUUGUUCCAUGAGUUCUAGGAUUGGAAAUAUCGAUAUGCUCAAGUUGUCGUUGUUGA